ACCUUCACACUGACAAUGCUCUCGUAGGCGAUGAGUUCAUGCGUCAGAUUGAGCCCAUUGCCGCUUAUCUUCCCUACCAAACUUGUCCGGGCAAUCAUGAGCAUACCUACAACUUCUCCAACUACAACCACCGCUUCUCGAUGCACUCUCAAGGACAGAAGGAGAUCAACAACAUCUUCUGGUCGUACAACAUUGGGCCAGUUCACUUUGUCGCCUUCAGCACCGAGCUGCACUACUUUACGCAGUACGGAACGCAUCAAAUUCAAACGCAGUACAACUUUCUCAAAAAGGACCUUGAGGAGGCGAACAAACCGGAGAACAGGGCCAAGCACCCGUGGAUUAUUACCCUCGGUCACCGCCCACUAUACGCUCAGUUUUACAUAAAUGAUCUGCUCAUUAAUGGAAACUCAUCCGCUGGAUGGCCCGGCUUUGAGAAGCUUUUUUACGACUACGGUGUUGAUGUUCAGUUUUAUGGACACGAGCACAAUUAUGAACGACUGUGGCCCAUCUACCAGAACAAGACCUUCAACGGCACCUCUGACCCGCACAAUGUGUACAAGAAUCCGAAGGCACCGGUUCACAUCAUCACGGGCAGUGCGGGCAACCGUGAGCUGCACACGGCGAUACGAAAGCACCGAGAGCACUUCAGUGCCUUCAUCAUCGAGGACUACGGCUUCACCCACAUGAAGGUCUUCAAUCGGACGCACAUUCACAUUCAACAGCUGUCAGAGGACAAGGGCGGCAAAGUGGUGGAUGACUUCUACAUUAUCAAGGAGAAACACGGGACAGAAGCGUGGAAAUGA